AUGCCAACCGUCCCAGAUAUAACCACCCCCAGGCCAUCCAUCCCCACAAAGAUUGGCGCCGAGACAACCCUCAUCGAAACAACCACCCCAAUGCCAACCAUCGCCACGCCAACGUUCGCCAAUACAACGGUCCCCAUGCCAACUGCCACCAAGCCAACAAUCCCCAUGCCAAUCGUUGCCGAGACAACAGUCCCCAUGCCAACCAUCGCUGAGACAACCAUCAUCGAGACAACAAUCCCCAUGCCAACCGUCCCUGAGAGAGGCGUCUCCAAGACAACCGUCACUGAGACAACC